AUGAGUUCGAUAUUAAAGUUUUUUAAACCCAUUACCAAUAAUAUUGACAAGAAAUUAGACAAAUCGACUGAAGAAAGUCCACCAACAAAGAGGCAAAGAACUGAUAUUUCACAACCUGUUGAAAGUCGUAAUAUUUUUCCAAAUGAUAUCGCAAAUUUUUCUCAUAAGCAGUUGAACGACUUUGAAAAAUAUGAAGUAAUUGAACAUUAUUGGGUACCUGAUAUCAACUUCAAGUUUCCGACUUCUGGCAAACGAAAUUUAAAAUUUCAGCAUUCUUGGUUGCGCUCAUUUGCAUGGUUGGUGUAUUCUGCUGCAGAAGACGGAGCUUACUGCCGUUAUUGUGUCUCAUUUGGAUCAAAUUUUGUUGGAAAAGGGGGUCAUCAGAGCUCAAAUAUGUUAGUGCAGAGAAUGGAAGAAAGCGCUCGAAAAAUUCAAAGAACACCAAACAAAAAAAUAUCAUCUUGA